AUGACUGUUGCCUCUAUCCAGCAGGCUGAAAAAGAGCUCGAGCAGAAACACUACUCCAAGGCCGAGACAAUAUACAAUGACAUCCUCAGCAUCGACACGACCAAAGUCGACUCUGACACGAGAUCGCAGACGGAGAAGCUGGUGGAGCAGCAGGAGAAGUCCAUCCUGGGAUUGAGCAAAAUCUACUUCAUACAGGAAGAUGAAGCCAAGUUGGUCGAUUUGAUCAACAGGUCCCGUGAAAUCAUGCGUGGAUCGUUCGCCAAGUCGAAAACAGCCAAGAUCAUCAAGCACUUGUUGGACACGACGGAGAAAACGUUCAAGUGGAAGAACAAGUCCGAGGAGUACGCAAUCGACCUCUCUAUCAAGACAACCAAGGAGUGCAUUGACUGGUCCAUCGAAGAGAAGAGAACCUUCCUCAAGCAGGCCUUGCAGAUCCGCUUGGCCGUCUUGUACUACAAGAAGCAGCAUUAUAACGAAUCGUUGAGCAUCAUAAACCCGUUGAUAAGCGAGUUCAAAAAGUUGGACGACAAGAGCUCCUUGGUCGACGUCCAGUUGCUAGAGUCGAAAAACUACUUCCAGUUGAAAAACAACGCCAAAUCGAGAGCUUCCUUGACGAGCGCAAGAACAAGCGCAAACUCAAUCUACUGUCCCUCAACUGUCCAGGCCGAGUUGGACUUGAUGAGCGGUAUAUUGAACGCGCAAGAUAAGGACUACAAGACGGCAUAUUCCUACUUCUACGAAGCCUUUGAAAACUAUCAACUACACGAAACAAAGAACGAUGACAAAGUUUUGAAGUACAUGCUCCUGUGCAAAAUCAUGAUAGGCAAGAUCGAUGAUAUAAAUACCCUUUUGAAGCAAAAGGCAUGCCAGCCUUUCAUCAAUAAGAAGGACAUCGAGGCAAUGAAGUCAGUGGCAAGCUCUUACGACAACAGGUCUUUGAAAGAUUUGGAAGAUUCAUUGAAGCUCUAUAACAAACAGUUAUCAUUGGACCCGAUUAUCAGAUCCCAUCUAUCGGAUCUAUACGACUCUUUAUUCCAGAAAAACUUGUUAAAGUUAAUUGAACCAUAUUCUUGUAUAGAAAUCAACCACAUCUGUUCAAUGAUCGGAUUACCGAAAGACGUCAUCGAGUCCAAGUUGAGCAAUAUGAUUUUGGACAAAGUCUUUUACGGAGUAUUGGACCAAGGUAACGGAUGGCUAAUAGUGUACAAUGAACCUGUCAAGGAUGAGUCUUACACUUUCAGCUUGGAAAUCAUCAAGGAAAUGUCAACCGCGGUCGACCUACUAUAUGAAAAGGCCUCUUCCCUUGAUUGA